GAUGCACAUCCGAGCUGUUCGCACGACGAUUGUCUCCGACGAUGAAGUCCCUUCCUCAAGCCAUGUGCGUGCGCUUUCCACUUACACGCGCUCCCGAUCAGUCCGACCCUGUGCGUAUCGAGGAAGCCUGCAACGUGACCCGCCGAUUGCUCUGCGAGGGCCUUACAGCAUAUAGUCACAAGCACAAGCUCACACAUGGCUGCAACGUGUUCCAACAAGCGAGCGCCUGCCUGCCUCUCUGCAGUUCCGAGCCCUGGCACAGCCGCGCGCCCGGACUUGGUGCACGUGCUCUCCUGCGACAGUGCCCGGCUCAGAUUUUGUCCGACCUGAUCGGUCUCAGUAUCGGCAGCACGCGUGUCUUCUCAUACGCGACACUGAGGCCCCACUUGCUACGCAACCUCAACGAUGGGCCGCAGGCGCUCUGCGGCUUGCCCUGCGCCUUCUGGAGCGUGGACAAGAAGCAAAGGAACAAGCUGCAACACGCCGACAGCUCGGAGUGCAACAAGGGCAAGCGGACCCCUGGCGCCGCGCCGCCCGACUUUCGCAUCGUGAAAAUGAAAGGAGACGGCAACUGCCUGUUCCACGCGCUGUCCCUGCACGAGGGCGGGGACGCCGCAGCUUUGCGGGAGGAGCUGGCAGAAUUCCUGGAAGAGCGUUCUGCCGAACAAGACGAAGAAGAGGAAAUCUGGUUGGAGGAAGCGGCAAUUCUCCGCGGCGAUCCGGCGCACUGCUGGGGCGGAGACACCUCAGUGCUGGCGUGGUCCUUGCUCCGGCAGCGCCGCGUGAACGUGCACUGGCAAGACGAAGAUGGAAAGUUCCACUCCAGUUGCCGCACGCACUGGCGGGUCGCGGAAGACCUCGAAGCAGAAGAUUUCUCGGCGGUGCAUCUGCUCUACAACGGGGUGGACCACUACGACCUGCUGACGGCGAUGCCCUCGAAGCAGAUGCCCUCGCAGAGCCCCCAAGAGCGCCUAACGGAGGAGUCCGGCGGCGCACACUCCUCGGCCUUGGGAGGCCAACCUGCUUCCAAGUCACAGCCAAAGCCAGCGCCAGAGAAAGGUGCAAACGAGGAGCAAGGUGGAGUGCUGGAAGAACUGACGGCUUGCGCAAGCUGGCCGGCGAGCUGGGAUUUCCCGACGCUUCCGCCUGGAGCAUCUGUGCACUCACUGGAUGCCGGCGAAGCAUGGCCACACGUUUUCUGCGCCUUCCAAGAGUGCACAUGGAGCUGCGAGCGCGGGGGAGAACGGGAGUUGACGCAGCAUCUCCGCCAUUCUCACCUGUCCCAGCUGGAGCCGCUGCUGAAGUUGCUGCCCGACCCAAAUGCCAAGGACGCCUUCCUGAGCAUUUACAACCAGGCCGUGGCCAUCAGGUGCCGCGCUCAAGCGCCUUUGGCCGGCUGCUCCCUGGAUCGCAAGGCCUUGCAAUCGUUCUCGGCAGCGACAGCUCGCGACGGGGUGGAGGCGCUGGUCUGUUUCUGCUGCGCCUGCAUCCACACCCGCGUCGCCGAGACAGAAGAGAAGGGGAACAUCAGAUGGCGCCGCCCGCUGCAGCAAGACGCGGCGCGGCCAGAAGCGCCGCCAACCUUCCUUGGCCGGCAGCUGCCCGAAGUGCUGGACAUUCUGGGGCUCGACUCCUUCCUCGAGAAGUACGACCGCCUGGAGGGCGACCUCAAGCUGACCACCUUCGAGGACUUCACCCGCUGGCGGGUCCAACUCCCAGACGGCGCCUUCCUGCUCUGCUGCCCGGAAGAUCACCGCUGCUCCAGGCACCCGGAGCACGCGACGGAAGGCUGCUUGUGCGAGCACUGCGAAGUGCCGAUCUGCAGCGAAUGCCACGAGAACUUGGCGGCGGGCCGGCUUCCGCCUCUCAGCCUGGCCAACGACAUGUGGACCGGGUACGCCCCGGAGCGCCUCUACACCGACAAGGUCACGGUCAUGGAGAUGAUUUGCGCCAGCCCCUGCAUAACCACGCUCGUGUGCAUGUCCAUGGAGGCGCGGUACCGCAGCGAGAGCUCGCCGCUGGACGAGCACGCCCACAUGGCCAGGCACCGCCUCGGCGCGCGGGGCAACGCGUUGACCUUCCCUCUGCCGUGGGAAGACCUCUUGCGGAACCUGCAGGCGCACCGCGGCGUGCUGGAAAGCGAAGCAGGCGGGGAGGCGCCCGCCCAGCUGCCGCGCAGCGGACCUGAGCUGGGAAACGUGGUGCGCGUGGUGCUGAAGACCAACAAGACUGCCAAGACCUCGGACGCCGAGAUCAAGAGCUUGAUCCACCAGGCGAACGUGCGCAGAGAGGUGGUCGUGCAGCUGAUCCUCGACAUGAAGAAACUGGGGCACCCGGCCUACCAGGGCGCGGACGAGGUGGCCGUUCGACAGGCGGCCCUAUCUCUGCCUGAAGACGGAGUUCCUCCGGAAGUGCUGAAGGUCAUCGCGGAGAUCGACGACAAGGCGGAGGACCGCUUGCAGCCGCAAAAGGCGGCCACGCCGUCCGACGCCUUUCUGCAGCUGGAAGAGGCCGGCGCGAUCUUCGCUGCCCAACGAGCCCGCGCCGUGGUGCCGGAAGGCUGGAGCGUGGAUCGCCAGGAUCAGAACGCAGCGGGAGUGCUGGCCCUGAACGAGCUGGCCGAGCAGUUGAGGGAAGCGACGGAACCAUGUAUGCAGGGGACAGAAACUCAGGAAGAAGCAGCCCCCAGAGACAAGGUGGCGCAAACUUUCGAGGCGCGGACGGGCAACAAGUUCAUCGACCAAUUCCAGCCGAUGUACUUUGCCACAGCUUUCUGCUUCUGCUUCAAGCACGCCACUGCCUGCCCCGACAUUCAGAAGACCAACGCGGCUCAGGACAGCAAUGUGGCGGGCGCGGCGACCCGACGCCGGUCCCGCGACGCCAAGGCGCCGGAGGUCUUCAUCUACGACUGGGCUGCGGCCAUGCUUCGCCGCGUGGAAACCCAAUUCCGCCGGGACUGGACCUUUGGCUUCACGGUUUGGAACUACAUCUUCCGGACCAUGGUUAACCUUCAGAAGAACACCUACAUGUACACCAUCCCGGACGAGCGCGGCGGCCGCCGACCGCUCACCAACGAGGACAUCCUCAAGGGCGUGUGCGAGAUCCAGCAGAAGUUGUGUCGCGGCAAGUACAAGGACGUCACCGGCGAGAUGAAAGCCAUCAAAGGCGAUCUGUCAAAGGUGCGCUACGCGCCCAAUCUGUCCGAGGCCGCCAAGAAGGUCUUGGACAACUGCGAAGCCAGAACUCGCCGGAUCCCAGGAACGCACGAAGUGCGGCAGACCAUGCGCCACCAAACGCACGCCUACAGGGUUUGCCAUGGCACCUCCCUCUUCUUGACCUUCUCGCCGUCCGAGCGGGACACCACGCUCAUGCUGCGCCUGGCCCGCGCACGCAGGAGCGAUCCAGCCAUCGCCCAGGAAGGGUCCAAGAAGUUCCAAGCCAGGGACGAGCCAGAUCUGGAGGUGGAGUUCUGUCGCCUCGACCCGGAAGCCCUUGCGGCCGAGCUCCCGUCCUACGACGAGCGCAGAGCCAUGCUGGCCAGAGACCCGCUGGCCUGCCUCGAAGGCUUCAAGACGCUCGUGCAGCUGGCGCUGCGGCACCUCCUGGGCGUGCGCUUCUGCCCGCGCUGCCCCGACUGCGCCACCUCCGACACGCCCUGCGUGGAUGCUUUCGGCAGCAGCGCCACGGCCGUCGGCGGCAUCUUCGGCCGCGUGGACGCCGUCUUUGGCUCUCUGGAAACGCAAAAGAAUGGAGCGUUCCACGGGCACUUCCAGGUCUUCGUGCAGAACUUUCACCAGUUCACACCGCUGGCCGACAUGCUGAAGCUGAGCACCGGGGACAAGCGCGCUUUACUGCAGAAGUACAUGGCCUACGCGGGGCACGUGAGGCGCUCCGUCUACUGCGACCCCGCGGCCUGGAAGCAGAAGCGGCAUUCCAUCGAAGCCGAGUGGCCCGAGUACCGCAAGUCCACGUUGGUGCUGAGCCGCCCGUCGUAUCAGAAGGACGCAGCGCUGGAGGGAGAGCAGUGGCGACGAGCGUUCCUGGAAGAAGACGUAGAAGCCUUGCAGCAGCACAAGCAGCACCACGUCCACCUGCCAAAGACGCUCCAGCAGAAGCAAGCGGCGUACACCACACAGGCCCUGCGGGCCAAGGCCACCUCCGUCGAGGCCGAAUGGCUGGAGCGAAAAGCAGAGGAGCGGGAAACAGCCUUCCUGGCAGCAGACGCAGAGCGUCUGCCCCUGGCCCACUGCAGAGAUCCCCGCGAUCCGACCAAAUGCAAGGCAGGCUUUCCGAAGCCACAGGAGCAGAUGACCGACACCGCCGUGCUGGUCUGCGAGGGCUUGGCGAAACACAUGGGCUUGCCGGUCAAGGGCAAGAGAAGCGCGCUGGGCGCUCUCUGGGGCCCCGUCAACGACCCCAACCUCAACGGCACCCACCCUGCGUUGCUGGCGGUGCUCAGGUGCAACUCCGACGUCCAGGUGCCGUACCGCUUCCCGAUCCUGGCGGAGCUGCACGACGAUGAUCUCUGCUGUGAGGACUGCGCGGCCGGCGCCGACCUCCGCCAGGUCGUCAAGCAAGCCCAGCAGAACCAGGCAGCACAGGCGGGCUACGGCUGCGACUAUAUGAACAAGAGACUGGCCAUCGCCGUGCAGGAAACGAAAGAGUGGCAGAAAGCUCAGACCGAGCUGGCCAAAGAGCUGGAAGGCAAGCCCACCGGCUACGCCAUGGGCAGGCACAGCAAGCGCCUCGCCACCGAUUGCUGCGCGCGGGGCGUGUGCCGGGCCUCUGUGGAAUGCGUCAACCUCGUCGACCACGCACGCAGCACUGAUUGCACGCGCGCUGAGUCCAUCAAGACAGCGCAAGUCACGGAGAUCGCCUUGGCUUAUGGGCUCCGCCUGCUGGACGCGGCUAUUGCUCGGGAGCCCCUGCCCGUGGAGCCCCGCCGCAUUCAAGCAGACUCCCGGCACGCAGGCUUUUAUGGCAAGAAGAAGUGCGCCGAGUGCCCGCCGUGGACGUUGUACGGGGAGCGCGGCCGUGAUCCCCGAGUGCACGAGUUGUCUGCUUUCGAGUUUGCGCGGCACUAUCAGUACAAGCUUGCGUCGCAACCUUUUUCUGUGGCGCGGGAGGUGCAGGAGCCGGAGAAAUACCACGUCUUCCUUACCCAGGCGGGGAAAGCCAAGCUGAGGAUUGGAAUGGCCAUAACCAAGCUGCUUGCAGGGCUCGACUACCAGAUCAAGGAGCGAGGCGGAGUGGAUUGGCUGCCUCUCGGGCAUGGCGAGAGAGCUCAGCCGUAUCGACACGACUGGGUCGUGGAGCUCCGCAAGCGCCCUCUUGUGCCCGUGAUCUACGGUGCGCAGGGCUGCCGGACAGAGGAGGAGCAAGCCCAGAAGGUGAUGCUGCUCUUCUGCCCCUGGACCACGAACGCGGCCGAUGCCACGGACGCGGUGCCCUUCAUCAGCGACCUCCGCGGCGGUGCUGACAGCUGGCGGGACGGCCUGAAGCUUUGGUUCGCGAGGCGUGGCUUUGCCACGGAGACUCUCAGGCACUACGUCUUGAAUUUCUGCUUCGUUUACUGCCUGCCUCGGGAGCUGCAGUCCAACGGCGAACUGGCGGCCAACAGCGACAACGAAGGCAUCGAGGACGCCCCGGCAAUCUUCGACAGCGCCGACCUGGAAGCAGCCAUGGCCACGCAUGUGCGGGGCAGUGGCCGCGCAGAGGCAGAAGACCCAGCUGAUGCUGCAGCCGCGAGCAGCACGGACCCCACCCUGCAGCACACCAUGACCAAGCAGAUCUUCGAUCUAUCUUCAUCCAUUUGGCUUCCGUCCUCUGGUGUCGAGGAAGACCAGGCCGCGGCGGAGAAGCGCAAGGGCUUGGAAUCCUGCAAGGGCGUGGAGUGCCCGGAGCGCCUCUUGAAGGCGGCGCAGGUCUCGCGCAGUCAAGCAGCCACGGCAAGCGCCUUGCAGUCCCGCGCCAACUUGGGCAGCGUGGAAAAGCCGCCGCACGUGCUGCAGCGACCGGCAGUCAGCUCCGAGCAGCUGCUGAACUGGCUGCACAGCGAUCGAGUUCGAAGCCGCAUCAACGCCAAGCAGCACGAGCUCCUCUGCCUGCUCGUCGACCGAGCGCUCGUCGAGCACGGCUUGCUCCACCCGCAGGACAGCAUCCUGGAACGCGACAAGCCCUUGGUGUGGCUCCUGCACGGCGGGCCUGGCACCGGCAAGACCUGGGUCCUCGAGUCCGUGCACGAGCUCUUCGGCAUGCUCGGGUACGCUCAGGGCGUCGAGUACGAAGUGACUGCCUUUCAAGCCGCGAACGCUGCGGACUUGGCCGGCAAGACCUUGCACAGCGCCUCCGGGCUCAGCGUCGGCGCCUUCACGGAUCAAGCGGCCAGCCGCGACACGGCGAAGCGCCUGUCCUACUGGCGCUGGUUGAUCAUCGACGAGAUCAGCAUGGUGAACGCCAGGCUUUUGGCGCAGGUGGAGCAGCGAAUGCGCGCGGUCAUGCCUUCGGCCAAUGCCUGGAAGCUGGACGAGCACGGAGACGUGCGAGCCUUUGCCGGCGUCAACACGGUUCUGAUGGGCGACUUUCGCCAGCUGAAGCCACCGGAAGGUGGCUUCCUGGGCGACGUGCCUGCAAGCCUGAAACUUCCGGCCGGCGCGCAAGAAGCCACGAACCAAGAUCUCCUGGCGGAAUACGGCCGGCAGCUGCUCUGGGGCGGGUCGACGCAAGGCGUCACCGAGCUGAUCGAACGGCAGCGCUGCCAGGACGAGUGGUACAACGAAGUGGUGGACCAGUUUCGCGACGGCAACCUCUCCGACAACAACCACAAGUACCUUCACGGCGUGCCAGUGGAAGGCUGCACGCUCAGCCAGGCAGAGCGCGACUCGAGGCGUCGGGUCAUUGUGUCCGAGAGCGACCCCCGCCUGAAGGAGCAGAAGUUCGUGGAAGCCUUCGUCGUGGUCGCCAACAACGACGCCAGGUACCAGAUCAACAAAGACCGGGCGCGUGCAUAUGCGCAGGCCGCGGGCACGCCUCUCCGCUACUCGGUAGCGCUGGAUCUGGCGAGCAACGAGGCGCUGCAGGCGGAGAACUGCGACAAAAGCGCCAAGAUCCGAUGGCUGCAGUACCACGACCGGGACACCGCGGACCUCUGCGGCAUGCUGCCCCUGGCCAUCGGCAUGCCGGUGGCGCUGACGCAGCACCUCGACCGCUCCCAAGACAAGCUGCUGCUGAAGGGUCGCGUGGGCCGCGUGCACUCCUGGAUCUGGCAUGACAACGACCGGCAGCCCAAGGUCGUGAAUCUGGGCAGGGGCAGCAAAUGUUUACUUCUUACGUUUCUUUCUACCUUCUACAUGUUAAUAGGCCUUUGUCUGUGUGUUGCAAUCCUGUGCGUCGUGCCCAGCGAGAAAGUUCUUGUGUCGCCUUGCUGCCAACCGAGGUACGUCAAGUUCGACGAUGCCAAGUGGAAGCUGGACGGCGCGUCGGAGCCGGGACUGUAUCCCGUCGAGCUGAAGAAGCGGGCGUGGUACCUGGAUGCGAAGAGGAAGAAGUCGGUGCUGAAGAUCGUCAGGCAGCAGAUUCCCUUGGUUCCGGCCUUCGCCAUCACGGCUCACACCAGCCAAGGCAAGACGCUGCCGGCCGCGAUCCUGGACCUCGCCAUCGACAAGCGGACGGACCCCACCCUGGGCACGGUGGCAGUGAGCCGCGUGCGGAGCCGGCACGAUGUGCUGAUCCUGCGGCCCUUCCCGCUCUGGCUCUUUCAACGCGGCGCUCCAGAAGGGCCGAAGCUCUUGUUGCAGAGCCUGCGCGGCGAAGAAGUGGACUGGAAGAAGUAUCAAGAAGCCCGGCGACCUUCGGCGACCUGCCAGAAAUGCAGGCACGUCAAAGUCGUGGACGCUUUCUCCAACGCGCAGUGGGAGAAGGUCCGCGCCAACCUGCCGGCCACCUGCCUGGCUUGCAUCAAUGCAGAGAACCCCAAGGCCCCGAGGAAGCGCAAGUAUUCGAGCGGCGCUGCCAAUGUGGAAUGCAGCGCCUGCAAAGUGGCCAAGAUCGAGGACGCUUUUCCACGUGCCCAGCUGAAGCAAAGGGAUGCCCCGGUCAAGCGGCGCUGCCUUCAAUGUGUGCGGGCCACGACGACCCUGACCUGCGCCAUAUGUGGCAGCAACAAGCCUGUAGAUGAAUUCGAAGCAGCCAUGGUGACCCUGCCAGCGGAGCAUGUGGCCUGCCGCGCCUGCCAAGAUGAAGCCAAGCGCAAAGGAAAUACCAAGUCACGCCAAGGUUGGUUUACGUGCAAAGGCUGCAAGCAAUUCUUCCAAGAAGAGCAGGGCGAUCUGAAGCGACAGCAAAUGUGUCAGAAUUGCUCCUCUCGCAGCACCCGCGUCACAAACCAGCAGAAGUGCCGGAGCUGCGGCAAGAUGUUCGAGCAUGCGCAACAGAAAGGGCAGCUGCGAGUCAGGACCUGCCCUGACUGCAGACGAUCCACUGCCUCCUCCAAGACCGGGUAG